UUCAGGGUGCCGGGAAACUAAGAUUGCGCAAUGCCUCAACGCAGGUGCGCCGGCUUCUCGACAGUCGCGUCUUAUGGAUGCUAUGAUGAAAAAUAGAACUGAUUUUCAAGCUCUUCAAGCCAAAUUUCAGGAGCAUGAUGUAAGAAAGAACAAACCCAAUGGUAACUUAAAAGUAGCAGAGUCUGAGGGUUCAUGGGCACCCGAAGCAACAGCACUUUAUGAUUCUCAAACAGAACUAAACAUAACCAAGAGUGACAAUAUUGAAACAGUUAGUCCUCACAAUGCUGCCAUUCAACAGUCCAGUGCAAAACCUCCUGCUUCUUCUCUUCCUCUUGCAAAGCCAAGAGUUGUCUCAAAGCCUGUCCACUUGAAUCUGUUUGAAUGGAUGGAACCCAACGUUGCAAUGGAUAGUAGAGGAAGACCUGAAGAUCUUACCAACUCCAAUCGGGCAUCAGGGGAUAUUCAAGCAUCAGGAUUCAAAACGUUUGAAGAUAAUCAAGGAACUAACCGAGACAGCAAACUCGCAUUUAAGGAAAGAAUAAGUAUUUGGGAGAAUUCUUCAUGUUCUGGUAUAGAAGCUGACACACCGAGUCAAAAAUUAAAAUGCAGUGCACUCCCUCCUUCAUUAGUAAACUUGAGAUCAAAAGCUUUGCCUGAAACUCCUUACAAGGUCACUUACCUUUCAAGAGGCAAUCGAAUAAUGGGUCCAGGGGAGCAGAUAUCUGGUGUCAGGAAUGGGAAGGCACUCCAGAUUGAGGAGCCAGCUUCGGUUAUCCAUAGCUGUGAAGAUUCUCAAGUAGCUACUAAUUCUAAACUAACUGUCCCAUUUUAUGAACUAGAAGUUGAUCUUUCUACUCCUCGAAAUGAACAAAGAGGACUCAAACAAGAUAAUGUUCUCAAAUCAGGGUCUUGGGACCUGUUGAGAUUGGAUAACUGUGGGAGAUCAAAACUCAUUGAUGAUAAAAGGGGACAAAAUGUCAUGGGGAGCGAGCAUCUGCAUAAGUCCAUACAGAUCCGGGAACUUCCAUCCCUUGAAGUAUUGGGACCUCCUCCUGGGAAACCACCCAGACCAUUCACAAUGGAUCUCAGUAUAUUAGAGAAUAUAAAAAUGGACAGUUGUUGUUCAUGGGAAUCCUCUAGGAAUAAUGACAUAUCUGCAUCACCCAAAACACAACCAGGAAAAGAAGACAGACUAAGCACUGAAAGCAAUGUGCAAGAAGGAGAUAAUGAGAAGAUGCGACAUCACCAAGAAAUAGAGCUGGAAAAGAAAUUGGAAAACCAAGCAACCAAAGACAAAGAAUUAAACCAAGUUAAGGGAUAUGAAAAUAAAAAUUUGAGAGAAUUACAGAAAAAAUUCAAUCUUACAGGUUCAGAGGUUCCAAUGUAUAAAGUCCAAAUACAAGAGUAUUUAAAAGGAGGGAAAUUGAAUCUCAAAGUGAAACCCGGUGAAGUGGUGGAAAUUAUACGGAUGAUUGACUGUCCUGCUGGGAAGUGGUUGGCUAAAACCCAGGAUGGGAAUUAUGGCUAUAUCCAGAUUGGUGCUGUAAAAAUGAAUAAUGCUGAAAUGAAAGAAAUUAGUAAUAGAAUGUCAAAAUCUCUACAGAUGGUUGAGGAGAUAUACGAUGAUGUAGACCUGCCUGAUAUGACUACUGAACAUUCUAUUAAAAUGUUCAAUAGCAUUGAACGUGAACCAUGCCAUGAAACAACGGAUACUAAAAAUGAACGUGAGAAAAGCAGAUACAGUGCAAAUACGAUAGAUCUACUGGCUAAAAUAUUACACAUAGGAAAAGAAAAGACAAAAAAGGGCCAUGAAAGCAGUCCUUCGCAGCAAUCUGAAUGUGGAUUGGCAUCAAAUGCUUAUGAUGAUGUCAUAAGCGAGGCAAUGACAUCUAUUGACAGAAGAUCUCAGAUCCAUUCUGCUGAUAACGAAGCACUCCAUGAAGAAAUGUAUGAUGAUGUGGAACCGGUUCGCUCGGACACUAUAAAAAGAGACCAAAUAAAAGAAUUGGAAACGUUGUCCAAGAAAGAGAUUGGUGAUGGAGGAAACGAGAAGAAAAUAAAGAAAAUAAAUAAGUCACUGGAUCAUCUCAGUGUUAAUUCAGGAUCAGGAUCCACUUUAUCUUUAACUACUGUUGACAGUGAUGAAAAUAGUGUGUAUGAGGACAUUCCCAAUGUUAAGGAACUCAGUGAUUCAGAAAGCAAAAGUUCUAAAUCAGACACAACUAAAAGAAACUGGGGAAAAGUCUUCCGGAAGCGUGGAGAAAAUGCAAAGAAGACAGGAGAGAUGAAAUUGGAAGAAGGUAAAAGGGAGAAAGUGAAAGGAAUAUUCAAAAUCAAAAGGAAAGAUCUAAGUGCAGAAAAGGAAUCAAAACUAAAUGAAAUGAAAAUGUUAAAUGAGCAAGAAUUUAGAGAAAAUUUUAAUUACACCAAGGAGAUUGUUGUGGAGAAUGUUGCAGUUGUGGAGCAGAAUGUUGUGCAAGGGCAGGAAGGAUCCUUAUAUUUACCAGUAAAGUCUGGAGAGAAGCUGGAAGUAAUAGAUAUUGGAGAAGACAACCUAAUAAUUUGUCGGAAUGCUGAUGGUAAAUAUGGUUAUGUCCACGUACGAUAUCUGACAUUUGGAACCUGAGUUAAAGUGGAUACCAUGCUUCAAAGAACUUCAUAUUUGAAUUAUUGCAUUUUAAUUUUAUGUAAUAUACAAUUUCUUUCAGAAUUUUAUAAAGUUAGCUUUAAUACACAAACCACCGCAAGACGCUGGAAUGUUUCCUUAAUAAUGCCAUUGAAAAUAUUUUUGGGAUUCACAUUUAAAAUAAAUUAUUGAAAACGGUAGCUGGUCACAUGUCAGUUUGUUAAUGUAUUAUUUGCUUAUUUAGUUGGAGUGGACCAAUCAAGUGUGACAGUGGAAAAGUGUGUAUGGAACUGGAGGAGGUAGUGGAGGUACUUAAUACUUUGCUUUUGUAUUCUUUACGGAAAUGAACUUUGGCGAUUGUAGGGAUGACUAACAGUGCAUAUAGACAUUAAGAAAGAGCAUGUGCUGGAGCUUUUAGAAAGCAUCAAAUUGGAUAAGUCACCGGGACCGGACGAGAUAUAACCCAGGCUAUUGUGGGAGGCGAGGGAGGAGAUUGCUGAUCCUCUGGCAAUGAUCUUUGCAUCAUCAAUGGGAUGGGAGAGAUUCCAGAGGAUUGGAGGGUUACAGAUGUUGUUCCCUUAUUCAAGAAAGGGAGCAGAGAUAGCCCAGGAAAUUAUAGACCAGUGAGUCUUAUUUCAGUGGUUGGUAAAUUGAUGGAGAAGAUCCUGAUAGGCAGGAUUUAUGAACAUUUGGAGAGGCAUAAUAUGAUUAGGAAUAGUCAGCAUGGCUCUGUCAAAGGCAGGUCAUGCCUUACGAGCCUGAUUGAAUUUUUUGAGGAUGUGACUAAACACAUUGAUGAAGGUAGAGCAGUAGAUAUAGUGUAUAUGGAUUUCAGCAUGACUUUUGAUAAGGUACCCCAUGCAAGGCGUAUUGAGAAAGUAAGGAGGCAUGGCAUCCAAGGGGACCUUGCUUUGUGGAUCUAGAACUGGCUUGCCCACAGAAGACAAAAAGUGGUUGUAGACAGGUCAUAUUCUGCAUGGAAGUCGGUGAACAGUGGUGUGCCUCAGGGAUCUGUUCUGGGACCCCUAUUCUUUGUGAUUUUUAUAAAUGACCUGGAUGAGGAAGUGGAGGGAUGGGUUAGUAAAUUUGUUGAUGACACAAAGGUUGGAGGUGUUGUGGAUAGUGUGGAGGGCUGUCAGAUGUUACAGUGGGACAUCGAUAGGAUACAAAACUGGCUGAGAAGUGGCAUAUGGAGAUCAACCCAGAUAAGUGUGAGAUGGUUCAUUUUGGUAGGUCAAAUAUAAUGGCAGAAUGUAGUAUUAAUGGUAAGACUCGUGGCAGUGUGGAGGACCAGCAUUAUCGUGGGGUCCAAAUCCAUAGGACCUCAAAGCUGCUGUGCAGGUUGUCUCUGUGGUUAAGAAAGCAUACGGUGUAUUGGCCUUCAUCAACCGUGGGAUUGAGUUCAAGAGCUGAGAGGUAAUGUUACAGCUAUCUAGGACCCUGGUCAGACUCCAGAUGGAGUACUGUGCUCAGCUCUGGUCAGCUCACUACAGGAUGUGGAAACUAUAGAAAGGGUGCAGAGGAGAUUUACAAGGACGUUGCCUGGAUUGGCAAGCAUGCCUUAUGAGAAUAGGUUGUGCUUGAAAAAACCAUCCUCGCUGUUCAGGAACCUUUGAAGAAUCUGGAAGAUCGAUAUCAGACACUUAAGCGGAGUACUCAUAGAAUUGAAAGGGAAUUCAAAUUAAUGAAUCAAACUAUUAAAGAGCAGGAUUUGAAGUUGUCUUUCAUGGAAAAGAAAAUUAAUGAGACUACUUCAGAAUUAUCAAGAAUUAAGAAGAAAACGAUUGAUUUGGAAAGCAGAAAUCACAGGAUGAAUCUACGUAUACUGGGUUUGCCUGAAAAUACGGAAACCGGUGAGCCAUUAAAGUUUUUUUCGAACAUGUUAUAUUCACUUUUUAGUGACAUUCUUGAAGCCUGUCCGAUAUUGGACAAAGCCCACCGAAUUCGGCGUCGUAAACCAUCAGCCGAAACUAAACCACGCCCUGUAAUUCUGUGUGUGCAUUAUUUUACAACCAAAGAAGCUAUUCUUCGGAAUGCAAGGAAAAGGGAUAAGCUAAUCUAUAAUGAAGUUAAGAUUCAUUUAGUUGAAGAUUUUACCCCAGAGAUUUAUGCUGAAAGAAUUAAAUAUCGCGAAGUGAUGGCAGAACUUUUUAAAAUUAACUGUUGGCUGUAGCUGCGUUAUCCGGCUCGUCUGAUGAUUACUCCACCCAAUGCUCGUCUAAAACGGAUUGACUCUCCAGAAGAUGGUUGGAAAUUUAUAAAAGUUUAAGUCCACUUCGUAAGCUAUUUGAAAAGUCGAUCCUUAGCUGGGAGUGGUUUGUAACGCCGUUGAUGAAACUCCGCUCUUCGUUUUAUCAAUGCCCAGACACAGACUGGGCUAACUCAUUUAGAUCUGUUGUUGUUUGCUUUAACAGUUAAUGUUGCUUUGAAUUUAACACAUAUAUAUUUACUUAUUUUUUCUUUGAUUUGUAAGUCUUUAAUAUUAGUUGUAUAUUAGUUGAUUAGAUUUAUCCUUUCUUUGAAUACAUAGCUGCGUAUAUUAAAUGGACUUAAGAUGGCUGUCGUUAAUUCAGUCUUAUCUACUGUUAGACAUAAUAUGAAAAUAUUUGGAAUCUGUUUACUUCUUUAUGUAUUCUUUGUUGUCUCCUUUUGGUGAUGGUAACCUUGUAAAUGGAGCUGCCAGCUGGAGACAAGGGUUAGAGGUUAUUAGAUUAGCAAGCCAUUUGCCUGUUGGACGGUUUCUGGGGGAGAUGGGUGGGUCUAUUAGGUUAGUUUUUUUUUCGUCUGGGUAGUCCUGAGGGAUUUAGGCUGUGCCUGCGCAUUAGAUUAUAAAAUUAAACUUUAAAUAUGGAUCUUAAUAAAAUUAAUAUAAUAUCUUGGAAUUUAAAUGGUAUGAACCAACCUAUAAAGCGCAGAAAGAUUUUUAAGAAAUUAAAACCACUUCCUGCAGAUAUUUUUGCGUAGGAGACUCGUAUCCGUAGGCAGGAUGAAAAUUGCUUUUUUAAAUUUUGGAAGGGACUCUUAUUUCAUUCUUUAUCAGUAAAUAAGAGGGGUAUCUAUUUUUAUUAAUUCUAAAAUCCCUUUUGUUCAUUUUAAUACUGUUACUGAUUUCAUUGCAAGAUAUUUGUCACUGGUUUGUUAUGUGGUCAAGAGGUGGCUUUGGUGUGUGUACAUGCACCUAAUAUAGACAGCCCUGAAUUUUUUAAGAAGCUGUUUUCUAUAUUGCCGAAUUUAAAUGAGUAUGAGUUGAUUAUGGGCAGUGACUUUAACUGCUGUCUCAAUCCAUUGAUUGAGAUCAUCCACCAAUCCGUCGCUUCCUAAUAAAGCUGCGACUUGUAUUAAUUUUUUUAUUAGAAUACGGUCUGGUCGACAUUUGGAGAUUUAAAUAUCCUAAAGAAAAAGAUUUUUCGUUUUUUCCCAUACGUAUACCAUAAAUAUUCAAGAAUUGAUUAUUUUUUGUUGGAUACGCAGUUGGUGCCCUCUGUUGUUGAAUGUGCGUAUGAUGUGAUUGCGUUGUCAGAUCAUGCACCUAUGAAACUAACUUUGGAACUUUCUGAUAAUAUUCAGAUACCUCAGUGAAGAUUUAAUGUUUCAUUGUCACAAGAUUCAACUUUUGUAAAUUUUAUUAAAAAGCAAAUUUCUCUAUUUUUUUAAUUAAAUACAACUGAGGGAAUGUCAAAUUUGGUUAUUUGGGAUACGAUGAAAUCUUUUCUUGGAGGACAUAAUUUCAUAUUCAGUAGGUUCAAGAAGGAAAACUAAGGCGGAACUUUUACUGAUCACUAACAGGAUUAAAGAAGUAGAUAAACUCUAUUCAGUAAUGCCUAGUGAAGAUCUCUUUAAGGAAAGGGUGGAACUCCAAGCACAACAUGAUUUGCUUUUGACUUUUCCCAUUGAACAGCAACUUCUUAAAUCCAAAAGCCAAUUUUAUAUACACGGAGACAAGUCAGGCAAAUUAUUAGCUAGUCCGUUAAAAGCAAAUAUGGGUAGAAGACAGAUCCUGAAAAUACAAAGACCUGAUAGAACUGCAACGGUAGAUCCUUAUGAAAUUAUUAAGACAUUUAUGGAUUUCUACUCUAAUCUUUUUGAGUCUGAAUUUUCAGAUAUUACCUUUAUGAAUAGUUUUUUGCAAAAAUUGAAUAUACCUGAAAUCUCUAUUCAAGAUAUGAGCAGAUUAGAUGCAUCUAUUAAACAAGAAGAAAUAUCAAGGGCUAUACCCUCUCUCCAAUCAGCUAAGGCUCCAGGACAGGAUGGAUGUACAGUGUAAUUUUAUAAGACUUUUACUGAUAUACUUAUACCUCAUUUAUGUCAAAUUUUCACUGAUUCUAUAUCCUCUGGGACUCCCCCGGAAACUUUCUAUGAAGUUUCAAUCUCUUUAAUUCCUAAAAAAGAAAGAUUUAUCUGAAUGCACCUCUUAUAGACCAAUUUCUCUAUUAAAUGUGGAUUUUAAAAUUCUCGCUAAGAUCUUGGCUAAUAGACUUGAGAAAAUUUUACCUACUGUUAUUUCCAAUGACCAAACUGGAUUUAUUAAAAAUAGAUAUUCACAUUCUAACAUUUUAAGAUUAUUAAACAUUAUUCACUCUUCUCCAUCUAAAGAAUCUGAAUGUGUUAUUUCUCGUGAUGCAGAGAAAGCCUUUGAUAGGGUGGAGUGGUCUCACUUAUUUGAGGUUUUGGAAAGAUUUAAUCUUGGCCGGGAUUUCCUGGAUCAAACUGAUCUAUCAUUUUCCUAUGGCUGCUGUUAUAACUAAUAAUCAAAAAUCUCCCUAUGUUAGAUUAUAUAGGGGUACUCGACAGGGAUGCCCUCUUAGCCCUUUAUUAUCUAACUUGGCCUUAGAACCCCUUGCUAUUGCUCUUAGAGAUUCUAACACUUCAGGGUAUUAGAAGAGGGGACAAAAUACACAAGGUUUUGCUAUAUGCAGAUGACCUGUUAGUUUGUCUUUCAGAUCCUAGGAAAUCUAUUCCUUCUAUGUUAUCUAUAUUUUCUGAAUUCAGAGGUUUUUCUAGGUAUAAAUUAAAUUUACAUGGAAGUGAGCUAUUUCCAAUUAAUAAUUACUCUGAUCCAAAUCAUCAAGUACCUUUUACUAUUGCUAAAAAUAACUUUACCUAUCUUGGUAUUAAAGUUGCUAAAUUUUUUUAAGGAUCUCUAUACAUAUAAUUUUUUUCCAUUAAUUGGCUACACCAAACAAAUGCUUUCUAAAUGGUUGCCAAUGACAUUAUCAUUAAUAGGUUGAAUUAAUGCUAUUAAAAUGAUAAUUUUACCAAACUUUUUAUAUGUAUUUCAGGCAGUUCUUUCCUUUGUUCCUAAAAAGUUCUUUGACAGAAUAGAUUCUAUAAUCUUAUCUUAUAUUUGGAACAAUAAAAAUCCUAGAUUAAGUAAACCCUUAUUGCAGAAAUUAUAAAAGGAUGGUGGUAUGGCUUUGCCUAACUUUAGAAUGUACUAUUGGGCAAUUAAUAUUCGAUGUAUUACUUUUUGGAUUCAUUAUUCAGAUAUACAUGAAUGUCCUUCAUGGUUGGAUUUGGAGAAAAACUCGGUGAAAGGAUGCUCUUUGGCCUCUUCACUGGGAGCUCCUCUUCCCUUUUUGUUUUCAAAAAUUAGUACACAAGCUUUUAAUCCCAUUAUUAAACAUACAUUGAGAAUUUGGUUUCAGUUUCAUAGAUUUUUUGAGUUAAAUAGUUUUAUUCUUUCUAGUAAUCCAUCUCAAUUUUUUUAAGCAAUCAAUUUUGGAUAAGGCCUUUUUAAUUUGGAAAACCAAGGGAAUAAUAACUUUUUCAGAUUAGUUUUUAGGGGACUGUUUAAUGUCUUUUUCUCAGUUGAUGGAUAAAUAGGAUUUAUCUAAUGUACAAUUUUUUAGAUAUUUACAAAUUACGAAUUUUUACGUGGUUUGUUGCCAAAUUACCCUUCUGCUUAUCCACCUAAUAUGACAGACACUCUAUUUCAGUUUAAAACCUUUCAAAAAGGGUUGAUAGCUAUAAUCUAUAAACGGUUAUUGAACACGAAUGAUAUCUAAUGAUAAAAUUAAACGCUUUUGGGAAUCGUAAUUUCAAGAGUCACUUUCAGAUAAUCAAUGGAGAAAAAUUUUUCAUUUGGUUAACAACUCAUCUAUUUGUGCCCGUCAUUCCUUGAUACAGUUCAAGGUAGUGCACCGGGCCCAUAUGUCAAAGGAUAAGCUAGCGCGUAUUUUCUCCAAUAUCAAUCCUAUUUGUGACAGAUGUAAUACUGAGCUGGUCACUUUAACUCAUAUGUCUUGUAUAAAGCUAGAUAACUUUUGGAGAGAUGUUUUUAAAAUGCUAACAAAAGUUUUGGAUCUGGAUCUACAACCUAAUUUGCUUACAGCAAUUUUUGGGAUUAUCCCAUUGGAAGCAGGAAAUAUUCCUGUUUCUGCUCAACAUACGAUAGCCUUUUCAACCUUACUGGCUAGGAGAGCCAUUUUAUUGAAGUGGAAGGAUUCUAAUCUACCUACGGUCUUUUAUUGGCUCUCCUCCAUUAUGUCCUGUUUCAGUUUAGAGAAAAUAAGUUGUCAGAUAUUUGAUACAUCCUUUAAAUUUGAGUAAAUCUGGUGACCUUUUAUCCAAUAUUUACAUUUAAUUUGAUUUAUUACUCCUUCAAUUUUUUUUUCUAAGUUUUAGAUUUGAUCAGAAAGUCUUUCUUUUUUUGGUCCUAUCCUCAAAAUGGACUGCCCAAUCCCUUGUUUUUUUUUUAAAUAUAGUGUAGUGGUUUUUUUUCCUCUUCAUUUAAAACUCAAUGUUUUUUUUCUUUUCAUAAACUGAUAAGGA